CGCGCGCGGCUGUUCUCUGCUCGCGCUCCGCUCCGGCUCUGACUGCACUGGAUCUCUGGGUCUCUGGAUACAGCCGGACCCCCGUGGAUGUGACCGCGCGCCGCUCCUGCCGACCCCCAGCCCACCAUGCUGUACUUCCAGCUGGUGAUCAUGGCAGGCACCGUCAUGCUGGCGUACUACUUCGAGUACACGGACACCUUCAACGUGCACGUGCAGGGCUUCUUCUGCCACGACAGCGCCUACACCAAGCCCUACCUGGGGCCGGAGGAGGCGAGCGCCGUGCCCCCCGUCCUGCUCUACACGGUGGUGGCCGGGGUGCCCUCACUGCUGAUCACUGCCACGGAGUCGGUGCUGUUUCUGCUGCAGUACAUCUCAGAGGAUCUGGAUAACAGAGAGAAGAUCAUAGUGAUGGGAGACUGCUGCUACCUGAACCCGCUGGUGCGCAGGACUUUUCGCUUCCUCGGUGUGUACGCUUUCGGACUCUUUGCCACAGAUAUUUUUGUAAACGCAGGUCAGGUGGUGACGGGAAAUCUGUCGCCGUAUUUCCUGACGGUCUGUAAACCCAACUACACGGCUCUGGGAUGCCAGCAGGGGGUUCGCUUCAUCAGCCAACAGGAAGCGUGCACGGGGAAUGGCGACGACAUCCUGCGUGCCCGCAAAUCCUUCCCCUCUAAAGAAGCAGCGCUCAGCCUCUACUCUGCUCUUUACGUCGCUAUGUACAUCACGUGCACGGUGAAGGCCAAAGGAACGCGGCUGGCUAAACCCGUGCUGUCCCUCGGGCUCAUGUGUCUGGCCUUCCUAACUGGGAUUAACCGCGUGGUGGAGUACCGGAACCACUGGUCCGACGUCAUCGCCGGCUUCAUCAUCGGGGGAGCCAUCGCCGUCUUCAUGGUGGUCUGCGUGGUGAAGAACUUCAAAGGGAAGCCGUUACUGGGAGAGAUUCCUCCGGAGGAGAGCGUUUCCAGUGCUCCCAUGCUCACUCAGCCCAGGAUGGAUCACACUAUGGAGAAAUACAUAUCCUCACAGAGUCCCAUCACCUACGCUGAGGUCACAUGACAGUGAAGAAACCCGACCAGCCCAAUCCAAAUCCUGUGGAAAUGUUGCUGCUCUCCCUGGUGACUAAUGACUUUCAGUGCAACAUUCGUUUGAUGGAUUUCUGUUUGGAACUUUUGCACCUUAUUGUUGAAUUUUCCUUUCCUUCUCCUCGUCUUCAUCUUUCUACCAAAUGUAGUGCAUAUUCCUAUUUUUAUAUACAGUAUAAACGACCACAGUCUGCGUCUGCGUCCUUUAUAUAUAUAUAUAUAUAUACUGUAUGCCGGGUCAAGAGAUACUGUAACAACAGAACAAAGUUGCUAGUUUGCUCUCUGAUUGGACAUUUCUUUAUGUUUAAAGAUGUAUUGGUUACGUCUGACGCUAAAACAGAGUCAGUGUCCAGAGUCUGUUUUCAUUGUUUUGUGGAUUCAUUACUGUUAUUGUCUACAAAAUUAACCAUUGUGUGAAAUAGGGGUGUAACGAUGCAUGAUUGGGCCAAAGUCAGUUUCAGUUCACACCAGGGUUUGGAUCCAGCCCAUGUGAAGCUCACAUGGUUGAAAUAUGGUGGAGAGACACACAGUCUAAGCUGCUUGAGGUCUAGUUUGAAGUUUCCACCAAUCAGUGAUGGUUUGGAGAGACAUGUCAUCUGCUGGUGUUGAUCCACUGUGUUUUAUUAUCAAGUCUAAAGUCAGUGCAGUUUAGUUUUCCCACAAAAUCUUACAGCACUUCAUGCUUCCCUCUGCUACUAACAACUUUUAUGGAGAUGCGGAUUUCAUUUUCCAGCAGGAAUUGGCACACUGCCCACACUGCCAAACGUACCAAUUGGUCUUAUAUUAUAUUCAAAUUUUCUAAGACACUGAUUUUUGGUUUUUCAUUUUUCAUCAUAAACGCUUAAAAUAGAUCAAUCUGUGUUUAAACCAUCUACAGCUCUGGUAAAAAAAAAAAAUAAGAGACUACCUGAAAAUGAUUUUGAGUUAUGCGUUCCUUUGAUUUAACCAAAGAGGAAGAUGGAUGAUCACAAGCCAUCAAACCACCAAGCUGAACUGCUUGAAUUUUUUGCACCAGGAGUAAAGCAGCAUAAAGUUAUCCAAAAGCAGUGUGUAAGACUGGUGGAGGAGAACAGGAUGCCAAGAUGCAUGAAAACUGUGAUGAAAAAACUUUCUGAACUCUUAAAACUUUAUGAAUAUGAACUUGUUUUGUUUGCAUUAUUUGAGCCAUUUCUCAUUUUCUUCAAAUAACUGCUCUAAAUUACGAUAUUUUUAUUUGGAAAAUAAAAAUCAGAGAAACUGAUUCAGAAACUGAAGUGGUAUUUUUUCCAGAGCUUUAUACUAGUAUGGUAAUAUUAACCUUCUAUGGUAUAUUCCUGGUAUACGCGUGCAUAUAAAAUGGAAAAAAAGCCAGAUUAUCGUAAACAUUUGUGUAUCGUUACACCCCUAUUGUGACCAACAAUCCUCCAGUUAUUUUUUUGAAGCUUUUAAUUGUUGUCCAUUGUUGUCCAUUGUCAUGCUUUAAAUGGUGCUUGCAAUGAUGUAUCAUGAACUGCUCUUUUCGCUGAUCCUCUUGACCGAAAUAUAAACAUGAGUGGUGGAAAGUCCCCACGGCGCAAUAAGUGUAAAAAGCUAUAUGUAUAUUGAAUUGGUUACUUUAAAAAAUUAAUAUUUUUACAGCUAGAGAUUGAUUUUACUGUGAUUGUUUCAGACAGCAGUUUGGGCAGGUUUGACAUGUUUAAUUGUGGCUAGAAAUUGAUACAAAAUAUCAAAAUAUAUUUUAUAUGUUCUACUGUUCCAAAGCAGCCAUAACAUUAGAACCAUCUGCCUAAUAUACAGUGCUAAGACAAAAGCUCUGGCUCAUGUAAGCCUGUGGCUGGGAGGGUUUUAUCAGUGGUACUAAUGUUAUGGCUGAUUGGUGUUUAGGUCUAUAUUUAUGUUCUGUAUGUGUAGAUAUGGUGUCCAGUCAAUUGGACAAGGUUAGUUUAGCCUUGCCACAGACAAUCAACAGAAAGAGAGAGAGAGACUGACAAAGUGAGAGAGAGAAAGUCAGAUCGUGAGAAACUGUGAGAGGGGGUCAUGAGACACAUUGAGUGAAAAAUAGAGUGAGAGAGAGUAAGAGGGAAAGACAGAGUGAGACAGAAUGAGAUAGAGUGAAAGAGAUAAUGAGAAAGUGAGAGAGAGAGAGAGAGAGAGAGAGAGAGGGUAAAAAAGAGAGAGACAGGUACAGGGAGACAGAGAUAGACAGAGAGGGGGGAAGAGUUAGAGUGAAAGAGAGUAAAAGAGAAAUAGAGAGAGACACAGGUAGAGAGGAAAACGAAGCGAACAAGGGAGUGAAAGAGAGAUAAAGACACAGAUAGAGAGGGAUUAGUGUUAGGAAGAGUUAGAGUGAGAGAGAGUAAGAAACAGAGUGAGAGAGAGUAAAAAGUGAGAACGAGACACAGAUAAAGAGAGAUGGGAAAGAGUUAGUAUAAGAGAGAGAAAGUAAGAAAGAGAGAGAGAGUGAGAGAAAGAGACAGAUAUAGAGGGAGAUGGAGCAAGAGAGUUAGGAAGAGUUAGAGUGAGAGACAGUGAGAAACAGUAGGAAAGAGAGUGUGAGAAACCAAGAGAGAGUGAAAGAAAAAGUGUGAAACAGAUGAAGGAGACAAAAUGAGUGGAAAGAGAUAGAGAGAGGGGGAAGAGUUUGGGUGAGAGAGAAAAACACUGGGUGAGAGAGAGAAAGAGAGCGACAGGUAAGAAAGAGAUGAAGCGAGAGAGUAAAAGAGAGACGGGUAUUUAUUAAGAGAACGAGGGAGAUAGAGAGAGAGGGGGAAGAGAGAGAGAGAGAGUGAGGGGAGAGUUAGAGUAAGAGAGAGAAAGAAAUAGAGACAGGUAGAGAUGAAGUGAGCUAGUAAAAGAGAGACACAGGUAUAGAAUGAGAGAACGAGAGAGGGAGAGAUAGAGAGAGGGGGAGGAGUUAGAGAGAGAGAGAUGGAGAGAUGGAGAAAGAGAGUGAGACAGAAAGAGAUACAGCGAGAGAGAGAGAGACUUGGCCCAUUUCAAUAUCAGUUUUAAUCAGCCCAGGUUUGAUACACUUGAUUUUCCAGGGUCAAUCUCUGUUGAUUAGUGUGUCUGAAUUUCGAAUGUGGUGUGAGACAUACUUUGUAUUAUCAUGUUUGUGUUUAGCAGAUGAUCUGUUUAAACUCUCACAGGCCAACAUUGAGAUUUGAUUUAUUUGAACUGAUGAAUAAACAGUAUUUUUGUUUCA